AUGCUUCGCCUUCGAUCGUGUCGUCACCAUGUCGUUGACUCGCUGACCCGUGACAGCUUUGACUGCGACCGUGCAGCUGGCCCAAGCACGUUGCCGCUGCCGGUCGUGCAAGCGGAGCUUGGAACCGCCGACGACGACACCGACCGGGUCGGCCCCCAGCUCGGUGUCGAGCUCCUCCCGCCGGAUCGGCGCGGCGGCAGAGCCGCCUCAGCCGCUGCGCCUUCGCCUGCGGCGGCUCCUGCGGCGGCUGCACCUGCUGCUGCGGUUGAGCCCGACGACGACGAGCAGCCUGACGGCGCGCGCAUUCCAGACCUCGAGGAGAGCGACGACAGCGACUGCGAGCUCGCCGAGGAGCACGACGACGGCGAGGAGACUGGCGACAGCGCUGCCUGGAAGGAGAACGACCACCGCCAGUUCUGCGCGCGCGACAGGGAGGGUGGAGACAACUUUGGCCCGAAGCUGGAACAGCUCAACCCCGCGUCGUCGCUCCUCGAGUACGCCAAGCACUUCCUCCCGAUGGCGUACAUUAGCGAGCUCGCCGAGAAGAUGCAGGCGAACGGCCGGGCGCGGUGGAGCGAGGGCAACGACGUCCACUACAAGAACUGGUUCGUUACCACCAAUGACGUGCUCCAGUGGAUCGGAUGCUGGAUGUACAUGCUCGCCUUCUUCACGGUGGGGGGGCGCGAGCAGUUCUUUGCUGACGAGCCAAGCGACGGCUUCGGCCCGACCUACGACUUGAAGACGUGGCUUCAGAUUGGUCACCCCGGCGCGCAGCGAGGAAUCAGGUGGUUCAAGCAGAUGCAAGCGUGCUUCGAGCUGCCAACCUACGAGGACCCGCAGGACCCUUUCAAUGCGACCCGCAAGUUUUGGGAUGCCCUGCGCAACGCCUUUUUCGCGGCAGUGACGUGCGGCUGGGUCAUGUGCUUGGAUGAGAGCAUGGUCAAGUGGCUAGGACGCGGCAUGCCCGGCUUCAUGGUGGUUCAGCGCAAGCCGACGCCCAAAGGACUCGAGCUCCACACCCUUUGCUGCGCGAUGUGCGGCAUCCUCAUCUGGUUCGAGGUGUGGGAGGGGAAGAAGGCGAUGGCGACAAAGGAAAAGUGCGCCGAGCAGAAGAGGAAGCUCGGUGCAGACGGACCGUGGAGGAGCGUCGCGCUCACCCUGCGGCUGGUGGAAAAGUGCGCGUCUCGAGGGCGAGUGGUGAUUGCGGACAGCUGGUUCGGCUCCGUCCCGUGCAUCCUCGCGCUGUACGACAUCGGCCUCUUUGCCGUCAUGAACGUCAAGACGGCGCACAAGCACUACCCCAAGGACCUGCUCCUCGACAAGCUUGGCUACGACAAGAAGUCGAAGCUGUGCCCGAAGCAGACGCGCGGCCAGUCGUACGCGUACACCCAAAAGUUUGAGAGGCCCAGCGGCACGGUCGAGGUGCUGGCCGCGGGGCACAACUCCAAGAAGCCCGUGCUGGUGGUGAGCACCGCCUCGACCAUGAAGCCUGCAGACGACUACCAAAAGUCGUGGACCAUCACCGACGCCAUUGGCCGGCGCAUCAAGUACACCCUCAGCAUUGCGACGACCUGCGUGCACGCCAUGUACCACAAGUUCUACUCGGUCGUCGACGGGCUGGGCUUCUGGGAGGUCAACGUGUACAAGGCGCUUCUCAACUGGCACCCGACGUACAAGAAGGUGGCGGGGGAGCGGACGCUGGGCCACCCCGAGUUCCGCAAGCGGCUGGCGUUUACCCUCCUCACGCUCGGCAAGGCUGAGUACGGUGCCGCCUCGAGUGCAGCCGGCGGGGCCGACCCGAGAGCUGCCCCAGAGAUGCAUGAGAUGGCAAAGUUCGACAACUACACCAACGAGCACCACCAGUGCAGCUGGUGCCAAAAGGGCAUCAUGGCGGGCUGGUACUGCGUGACCUGCUGCCCGAACGGCAAUGCCGACCACGCGUUCUGCAACCCCAGCACCGGCCGCCGCUGCUAUGCCAUGCACUGCGCAGGCACUACCCGAGCAGGGGGCGCGCGCUCGGCCGACAUGUACGCGAGAAUGCCGCAGAAGUAA